AUGCAGCAAAUUCAACCCUUAUCUCCGUUUCAUCGACCCGUAACUCUCUGUCCCAGAUUUUACCAUACAAUAGUAAACCCAUUGAACAUAAUCUCUUUCUCUUCUUCUCCUCCUCCGAUCAGUAGCCGUCGGCUUAGAAAGUUCUUUCCGCGCAAAAUCCUAAAGGAACCUUCGAAACCGAGUCUCAAACGUCUCACUUCUCGCAUCGUCGAACUCACUCGCAGACGACAACUGCUUCAGAUUUUUGAGGAAGUUGAGAAAGCCAAAAAAUUGUAUGGGCAGUUGAAUACGAUUGUGAUGAACGCAGUAAUGCAGGGUUGUGUUCAUUGCGGGGACAUAGAUUCUGCUCUUAGGGUCUUUGAAGAAAUGUCGAAGCUGGAGAGCUGUGGUGUUGACAAUGUUACAUAUGGCACAUUGGUGAAGAACACUUUACCUCAGGCUCAAAAUGCAGCAGUUUCAUCAACGCUAUCCAAUGCAAGAAAAGAGGUGGUACAAAAGUCCUCCCCUGGUCCCAGUAGACACAGUCCUAUAGUGAAGAAUCAGAAUAGUAAAGUUGUAAGCUCCAAACCUGCAGAACAAUCUGCUGGUGGCUAUGAUACAAAAUUGGUUGAAAUGGUAAACUCUGUUAUCGUGGACAGAAGCCCUUCUGUUAAGUGGGAAGAUAUCGGUGAGAAACUACAACAUAUCCUCUUUCCUUCAUAG